UCACGCGCGCGCGCCGCCGGGCCCCCGUCACGCCCGCGCGCGCGUCCCCGCCGCCGCCGCCGUCGCUCCCGCACUUCCUCAAUCCGAGAAAAAGCAACAAGCGAAGAGGAAAAACGCCACCAAGUCGCUUCUUCGUCCUCCUCACAAACUACUCCCACCAGGUGACUCCUGGCACCAUGCCUCCUUUCUUGAGGAUCACCUUCAACGCCUUCGAGCUGGGCAACCAUCCCCCCCUAUCCGAUCCCCCUUUCUGUGCAAUCAAGAUGAAGGAGGCCUUGACAACUGAACGAGGCAAGACCCUGGUGCAGCGCAAACCCACCAUGUAUCCGGCCUGGAAGGCCAGUUUCGACGCGCACAUCUACGAGGGCCGCGUGCUGGAGAUACUCCUGAUGAAGACAGCAGAGGAGCAGCUGGCCGAGGUCACGGUCGGCGUGUCUGUGCUCGCUGAACGCUGCAAGAAAGCAAGCGGGCGUAUUGAAUUCUGGGUGGAUCUCCAUCCUUCUGGUAAAAUUAUGAUGGCCUUGCAGUACUUUUUGGAAGGAUCAGAGUCAGAGAGCAAGCAGGCGUCCAAAGAAGAAGAGGCUCCUACCCUUAAUCGCAGACGAGGUGCCAUCAAGCAGGCAAAGAUCCACUUCAUAAAGAACCACGAGUUCCUCGCCACCUUCUUCCGGCAGCCCACAUUCUGCUCUGUGUGCAGAGAGUUUGUCUGGGGUCUCAACAAGCAAGGCUACAAAUGUAGACAAUGCAAUGCAGCCAUCCACAAGAAAUGCAUAGAGAAAAUCAUCGGCAGAUGCACCGGUACUGCUGCCAACAGUCGGGACACUGUGUUCCAGAAGGAGCGCUUCAACAUCGACAUGCCGCACCGCUUCAUCAAGGCGCACAACUACAUGAGUCCCACUUUCUGCGACCACUGUGGGAGUAUGCUGUGGGGUCUUGUCAAGCAAGGACUGAAAUGUGAAGAUUGCUCCAUGAACGUUCACCACAAGUGUCAGCAUAAAGUGGCCAACCUCUGUGGCAUCAACCAGAAGCUACUCGCCGAAGCACUGACACAAGUCAGCCAGAAAUCCUUCACUCGCCGUUCUGAUCCAAACCUUCCGAAUCUGCCCGAUAUUGGAAUCUACGACGAGGUCAACAAGCUGUCUGACCUGGACAUCAACGAUUCACUAAGUCACUAUGGUAGAAUAUGGGAUGGCUCCAGCUCGCAGCCUCAGACCCGUCUCACCCAUCUGACACACGUCAACGUGGACAACUUUGUCUUCCAAAAGGUCCUAGGAAAAGGCAGCUUUGGCAAGGUUCUCUUGGCGGAGCUGAAAGGUCGCGAAGAGUACUUUGCAGUGAAAGCUCUGAAGAAGGACGUGGUGCUGAUGGACGACGAUGUGGAGUGCACCAUGGUGGAGAAGAGGGUCUUAGCUCUGGCCUGGGAUAAUCCCUUCCUCACACACCUGUACUCAACUUUCCAGACCAAGGAACAUCUCUUCUUUGUCAUGGAGUAUUUGAACGGAGGAGACCUAAUGUUUCAUAUUCAGGAAAAAGGACGCUUUGAUGUCGCCAGAUCCAUGUUUUACUCUGCAGAGAUCAUUUGUGGCCUUCAGUUUCUACAUUCUAAAGGCAUCAUCUACAGAGACCUAAAGUUAGACAAUGUCAUGCUGGAUCACGAGGGACACAUCAAGAUCGCUGACUUUGGCAUGUGCAAGGAGAACGUGUUCGGAGAAAACCGCGCCACCACCUUCUGUGGCACGCCUGACUACAUCGCUCCUGAGAUCCUGCUGGGCCAGAAGUACUCCUUCUCAGUGGACUGGUGGUCCUUAGGCGUGCUGCUCUACGAAAUGCUGGUGGGACAAUCCCCCUUCCACGGAGACGAUGAGGAUGAGUUGUUUGAGUCCAUCCGCAUGGACACUCCGCACUACCCCCGCUGGAUCAACAAGGAGGCCAAGGAGCUGCUGGAGAAGCUGUUUGAAAGAGACCCCACACGCAGGCUGGGCAUCAUAGGUGACAUCCGCUCACACGCCUUCUUCAAGUCCAUCGACUGGCAGGCCUUGGAGGACAAAGAAGUGGAGCCGCCUUUCAAGCCCAAAGUGCGAGCGCCCAACGACUGCAGCAACUUUGACCGCGAGUUCCUGAGCGAGAAGCCUCGCCUGUCCUACAGCGACAAGAACUUCAUCGACUCCAUGGACCAGGCCGCCUUCGCCGGCUUCUCUUUCAUCAACCCCAAGAUGGAGCAGCUUUUAGAGAAGUAACCCUCCAACUCCAGAGUCGCACUUGCCAAGGAGCUGCUCCGCCAGCAGUAUUUGCCUCGCCUUAGAUUGUUAGCGCAUUAAGAGGAAGUGUAAAUAUGAAUGUGCAUGCCUUAAUGAAUACAAUCAUCGUAAUAAUAGGACGGUACAACUUGCUCCUUUUUUAGCGGCCUGCAGCACAUCCUAAAAUCAAACUUUAAGGGGCCCAAGGGGGACCCCAGUGGAGCACUUUAUAAAAUAUUUGUUUUAAAUGCGCCAUAAAUUAAAGUGAAGUACAGUACAGGCCAAAAGUUUGGACACACCUUCUCAUUCAAUGCGUUUUCUUUAUUUUCAUGACUAUUUACAUUGUAGAUUGUCACAUCAAAACUA